UUCGUUGCCAGACAUGUAUUGUACAAAGUUGUAUCAUGGCUUCUGGUUGAUUCAAUGAUGAAUAUUAGUAGAAUAAUUUAUUCUUCUAUUCUACUUCUAGCAAAGUUCUACUUCUAGCACACUGACACUACUCAGUCCACUAACCGUCUACUCCAACGCUGAGUCAGUGAGUGAAAGUGAAAGGUACUCCAAGUAACGAUACAUCACAUGUCAUACUGACUUUAGUUUGACCCAUGACCUUAACCAGGAUGAAUUCCCAACCACCAAAUAUCUAUACGUUUUGGCCCCCUGGUGGCCAAGUCAUGAACCAGACUGGACCGAAUUCAUUGUCAGAGUACCUCUGACCUAGGAGGUCAUGUGUACAAAGUUUCAAGUUCAUAGCACAAGCGGUUAAAAAACGUGCCACACAGGAUACGGACGACGACGACGGACACAGGGCUAUCGUAUAGACUCCCCCAACGGUGAGCCAAAAAGGGUGACCAACCAAACCAGUUCAUCAGGGUGACCAGUUCAGGGAACUGCGAUGGGAAAUAGAGAUUUAUUCAAGGCUGAAUUCUUCAGCUCCACUCUGUGAUGAAUGCCCCGAGGUCAGCCUCAUCACCUAUCAUGCAAUUGAUGGCUGUUGUUAUCAUGCCCUUCUUUGGCACUUUUUUGCAUGUCUACGGCAAUUGCGAAUGACGUGGGAAAUUCAAGCCCUGUACAGUUUGGGGGCAGCCGAGCAGAAUGCACGGUCACCAAAAGUGAGGCAUCGCGUACGGGGCACCGCAAGUAGCAACUCGGAGUCGCAUCAUAACCAGUAUGAAAUGGGCUGCCUGAUCUUGAUCAUAUCAACUAGAUACUGUGGGUUGAAUGGAUCCACUGAUGUCAUGGAACUUCAUGUAGAUGGUGACACAUCUCAAGAUAGGGGUGAUAAAGAGUCAAAACUAAAUGUGGACCGAUAUCCUGUUGACCCAAGACUAAUAAUGGAUACUCUCAUAGAUAUCAGCCAGGAAGAGAGUGACAAACAGUUAUUCCAGCCAAGAGUGGAGAUGCUUCUUGAUUCUCCACAAGAAAAUCCAGAGAAUGCUAGGUUUCAUGGUUGGAUUACAUUUCCGAUAUUUUAUCAGAAGCCUUCAGUGAAUAAUGAACGGAGAAAGCGGAAAUCCAAUCUGUAUUCUGGUCCUGCAGAAAUGGAGGAUUUUUAUUUGUUUAAGAAAAAGCCCUAUGUGCUCUUACCUGAUUAUUGGCAUCCCGGUGUAAUGUGGCGAUCAGUUGUUGAAUCGGACACUUACAGAUAUGUUGAUGAUAAUGGCUGCUACAGAUAUUUGAAAACUAAUGCAGCAUUAGGCAAAGAUCAAUCUGAACUGAAUGGUCAGUUUCAAAGAAGGACCCUUCCUCUUGCUCCAACUCGGAGGGAGAUUCAGCAGGAGAUUACAAGAGAUUUACGUCAUGUUGUAGAAUCUCAUGAAGAACAGACCAGCUCUUAUACCCCAACGAAUAACAUUGAACUUCAUGACUCUGUUUCUGGUCCAAUAAAAUUGGUUGUUGAAAAAUUAGGUAAGCCAGACGACAAUCCCCAUCCUGUGUCUGAGCCUGGUGAUUAUCUGGGGGAUGCCGUAGGAGUAGACCAGUCUGACUGUCCAUUUCAGCUCCCGUCUAUGGAUGUGCCUCUUCUCAGUAAGGCUUUUGCUGAUCGCCUGAUGGAGAAUUUCUCCUCUAAGAUAUCUGUAUUAGAGGAACAAAUUCGAAAGGAUGCAAAAAUUAAGAUGCUGCAAAAAUCAACCGAGAGUACAACACCAAAUAUUGUUCAAUAUCGUAGAUCGUCAUUACAGGAUUUGACGCCUGAAACUAUUAAUGCUAUUAGUCAAUCAAAUUAUCCAGGUUUAGAUAAAAAGGGUUCAUUUCCACAAAGCACAUUCGAAGUUAUCAAAGUUUUCAGUGACCCAGGAAAAAAGCCGCAGAAAUUUCCUCUGAAACCUUUGGAGAAAGUGACUCCAGGCAUGCGCCAAGUUGUUGACAUGCAUAAAAUGCAAAUUGCCCAUUUACGUUAUAACUCAGUGAAAGGAAAUAGUGACAACUGUAUCACUACCGGGUAUUCCUUUAAUGAUUCUGAGGUCAACCCAAUUCAUCUCAAAGAUGAUGAAAAAGUCAAAUUAGAUUCCCACACUCCAAAAGACAAGUACCUGAAUAUAAAUAACAUGGAUGCAGUAGGUCUGGUAAAAUCAGGAGAUACAGGGUUAGCUCGACGGAGUUCGUCCAAGCCAAUGUCUGGACAUAAAAAGGGACAAGCAAAUGUUACAAAGCCAAAGCGUUCAAAAUCCUUCCUCUAUGAACAAGUCGAGAAGAAGUUAACUGGGUUUCAUUCUGCUCCUGUGGGAAAACCAAAACGUGAUUCAAAGGACACACAAAAUGUUGCUCGGCGUCUUCUCCCAGAGCUGAUGGGCAAGAAGAUGCCAGCCACAGUUUCCAUACAGAAGUGGUUGUAAGGUAUUACUAAUACUAACAGGCCUAAUAGAAAAUGGACUGGGAUUUUUUCCACAAAAUGUAUUGGGCGGAGGGGGGGGGUGUUAAUAACACAGCGGGUCCCAUUGACUUCUGAUGUCAAGACAAUUGCAGAAAAUAUUUCAGCAACUAGGAUGAACAUUUGAUAGGUCCAUCUUUUGGUUGAAAAUUUUGGUGCAUUUGUAAUGCUCACGGAUUGUAAUAACAAUUCUUGAGAAAUUGAGUUUUAGGGCAUUUCUAGCUGCGCCAGAGUCCUGAAACUGCACAUUUCUGACUUCAAACCUCGGGUUGAUAGUACUCUUGGCAAUAUAGUCCCAAGGUUUUUCAGCUUUAUUGACCAUAGGAGUGUUGAGAUGUGUUCAACAAAUAUGCCAAAAAAUUCACUUCGAAUGAAUUAAAAUUUAGCAAACUAUCAUGUAGUACCUUCUAGUGACAAUCAUUAUCAUCGACCAAUAGGUCUAUAGGAUGAUUGAAGCACCCUCUAUUCAAAACGGAGUCUGCUAUGCCUGCCAUUGCAGGUAAUGUGUACCAAUUCCGAAUAAAUAUUUUCAAUUCAUGAAUAUUACUUU